GGGAGGUAGGAGAUAUGAGGUGGUGCAACAGAUUUUUCAGGCAAAGGUAUUCCCAAGACGACAAUAAAAGAGUCAAGAGAAUUGGGAGAGGAUAAAACUUUCUCGGCUGCGAUGCGAUUGGCCGCCACGGAACGCCGGCGGCGACGGACGGCAGAUCCGAGCGAGUGGGAACAGGAGCGGGAACAUAGACCGGAACAUGAGCGGGAACAUAGACCGGAACAUGAGUGGGAACAUGAGCAGGAACAUGAUUGGGAACACGAGCGGGAACAUAGGCCAGACCAUGAGUGGGAACACGGGCGGGAACAUAACCCGGAACACGAGAGGGAACAUGAGCUGGCCCCCACCCCACCCCAUCACCAUCACGGGCACAACUACGUACACAUGAAGAACAAGUUCCAAAAUGAGCAUGGGCAACUGCCAAACCACCAUAUGAAGAUGCCCAUGUGGGCGGUGGGCGCCCUCGUGGUGGUGGUGCUGGCGCUGGUGGGCUGCUUCACCUUCUGCGUCUUCAAGAAGUUCAUCAGCAAGAAGAAGAAGCCCAAGAAAGUGAGGGAGAGGAAGGCGGGGCACCGGCAGAAGGCUGGAGGAGAAGGAGAGAAGGAAGGAGAGAAGGAAGAGGGAGAUAAGAAAGAGGGAGAAGCAGAGAAGGAGAAGGAGAACUUGGGGAAGUUGGAGUUCACCCUGGACUACAACUUCACUGACUCCCAGCUCAUAGUGGGGAUUCUCCAGGCCCAGGAUCUGGCUGCCAUGGACAUGGGGGGGACCUCUGACCCCUACGUCAAGGUCUACAUGCUGCCCGACAAGAAGAAGAAAUUUGAGACUAAGAUUCAGCGCAAGAACCUCUGCCCUGUUUUCAACGAGACCUUCACCUUUAAGAUCCCCUAUGCUGAGCUGGGUGGCCAGACCCUGGUCUUGCAGGUCUACGACUUUGACCGCUUCUCCAAACACGACGUGAUCGGUGAGGUGAAAAUCCCCAUGAACAGCGUGGACCUGGCCCAGCCCAUGCACGAGUGGAGGGACCUGCAGAGCGGAGAAAAAGAGCAGCAAGAGAGGCUGGGCGACGUCUGCAUCUCCCUGCGCUACGUCCCCACGGCCGGCAAACUCACCGUCAACGUGAUGGAGGCCAAGAACCUCAAGAAGAUGGACGUGGGCGGUCUGUCAGAUCCCUUCGUGAAAGUGGUUCUCCAGCACAAUGGGAAAAGGAUUAAGAAGAAGAAGACCACGGUGAAGAAGAACACCCUCAACCCCUAUUUCAACGAGAGCUUCAGUUUUGAGGUUCCCUUCGAUCAGAUACAGAAAAUGCAAGUCAUCAUUACGGUCUACGACUACGACAAGCUGGGCAGCAAUGACGCCAUUGGCAAGACUUUCAUUGGCUACGGGGCCUCCGGCGUGGGGCUCCGCCAUUGGUCAGACAUGCUGGCCAAUCCCAGGCGCCCUAUAGCCCAGUGGCACACCCUCCAGCCUGAAGAGGAGGUGGACGCCCUCCUUAAGGGACCCCAUCGCUAAGCGACGCUACUCCCGGGGGUGUGUGAUACUAAUUGCCCCCCAUCCCCCCUUCAAAACAUCCAACCAUAUGGCAUUUCUUACCUUUGUUUCCAGCGUUCACGUUUACGUUUGUGAGAGAGUGUGUGUGUGUGUUUGUGCAUGUUUGCACAUAUGUGUGUUUGCGUGCAUGUGCAAAUAGGCUUAGAGAAGAGUAAAAUUUGAUUUCUUGGUUUCUAUGACUGAAAACAUUUUACAUGUGUCAUAAAACACCAAUUUGUGUAAACAAAUCUAAAUAAAUUACUGGUGUUAAGGGA